AUGAUGUUGCACUGGAUGCGCGGCUACUACCUGCUGCUGCAGUCUGUGCUCAAUUGGCAUUCUGUGAACAUGACAAAUGCGACCUGGGCGUGGGAUAUACUAGCAGUAUUCCUUCGGUUGCAUUUUGAGCGUCCACAGUCCACACGGCUUUGCGUGGCCGCCCACCGUGACCUCUCCUCGGAGACUCCAACCGGCGCAUCGCCGGUCCGUCCGUCCGUCUCGUACUACUCUCCUUCUCUGCCUUUACCUGCUGUCUUCACAAGCACAGCACCGACCACCACACUGUGCCGGAGGAGCAGGGACGAGCUCGCUCUCACCAAGCAUGGCAAACUCCGCCCGCCCCCCGCGGCUCAACGCGUUCCGGCGGAGUUCGCGGCGCGCCUCGAGCCCGGCGCCGGGGAGGAGGAGGCGGAGGUGACCGUGCUGGGCCCGGUCGGCAAGGUCUGGCGCGUGGAGCUGCGCUGGCAGGACGGCGCGUGCUGGCUGGGCAACGGCUGGGCGAAGCUCACCGCCGCGCUCGGCAUCGCCGCGGGAUGGUCCGUCGUGCUGCGGCGCGAGCGGCGCGGGGUAGCCACCCUCAGCGCGUUCGACCCUGGCCGAUGCCUCGCGCGCCUCUGCACCCCACACGCAGGUGAUUCUUCUACGCACAGCGUGACGUGCAAGAACAGGCCUCGGUUCAUCAAGUUGCUCGAACAGGAUGACCUGGAGAAGAUGAGAAUCCCUAAUAAGUUUGUGCAGCAGCACCUCACGCAAGCUGGAAGUUGCAUAAGCAGCCAGAACGCCAUGAUCUUUUGCCCUCUACGCAAGUUCUGGCGAGUCAAGCUAGACCAUGGUCACUCGGAUGUGCUGCACGGAGACGAUUGGCCGCGGUUCGUGACAGCGCAUGAUCUCUCCGAAGGGAACAUCCUGCUGUUCAGGUAUGAAGGUAACAUGGUGCUUUCAGUCGAGGUGUUCCUACGGAAUGGGUGUCUCAAGGAGUACCAUACAACACUUGCUCUGUGUACAACUGAUGGUGCAAGGGGGCCAAGCUCUGCACUCCCACAAAGUGGCAAGCGCCCUGUAGUUGCACCUUUCAGCAAGAAAAGGAAGAACGACAAAAACGUGGUUUACGCUAUUUCUGCGCCGGUCCGGCCGCAGAGCAAACCUGCUGCCAUUUUGCCAAGGGAGUCUUUCACAAAGGAGAUCAACAACUAUGCUCUUACUAAAUACUUAGCUGUGAAAGGGACCUUUUGCGCAUCAAUUGGUCUUGUAGGAGCAUGCACAAUCCAACUUAAAACAUCCAUGAACAACACAAGAUCUUGGCCAGUAGCUUUUAACAUCACCAAGACCUACGGCUACAUAAGGGGAAAAGGUUGGCAAAGGUUUUGCAGAGACAACGAGGUUGAAGAAGGUGACCGUUGCAUCUUCAAGGCUAUUGAAAAAAUGGUCUGGCUUGUUCUGAUCAAGUGA